UUCUUCUCUUCUUUUUUCUUUUUUUCUACUAAUAACUCAAAAUCAAAUCUCUUCUCAUUCCCUCUCUGUCUCUCUCUCUUUCUUCUGUGACAUUCCAUUUUCAUAUUUUUCAUUUCUCUUUGAGUCCCUUUCUCUUUCUCGCCUUGUAAGAUCAUGCCAGUUUUUACAGAGAGUUCAUCGUCAUCGUCAACUAUAGCGGAGCACAUCAAGCUUAGAAGAUCCAGAAACCAUUUCUAUCACAAUCAACAGCAAGGUGAAAUUCCUACCAUUUUAACUGAAACAGAUCCAACCCCACAUAUUUCUCGCUCAUCCAAAUCUACAAUUUCCUCUCUUUUUCUCUCUCCUUUUUCCACAAACACCACUGAAACCACUUCCAAGAAGAAGACAACCCCAUUCAGAGGCCUGGGAUGCACUGCUGGAGCGGCGCAACAAGUGUCGGUGCCGGCGGUGAUACGGUCAUCGGCGGAGUGGGAAGGGAAGAGGGUGAAGAAGAAAAAGAGUCAACAGCAACAGAAAAGGAAGAAGGAGAGUAUUAGGGUUUUCAGUGAAAGUAACAAUAAUAACGGUGAAGGGAAUAGUAGCAAUAAUAAUAAUGGUGGUAAUGUUAGUAGUGAUAAUGGUAAUGGGAGUUUCAAUUCUGGAAGCUGUAUGGUUAUUCAAGAUGUAUGGUGUGGGCCUGGAAUUGGGUUUUCUGCUGAUGCUGUUGUUGGGUCAGUGGAUUGUGUUGUGGCUAGAAGGAAUAAUGCGUCUGGAAGAGGGAAAAUUGAUGGAGAGAAAAUUAAUCAAAGGGAAAGAGAGCGGGAGAGAGAGCGUGCUUUUUGUUUAGGGAGAAGGGCAACUGUGAACCCUGAAACUCUUUCUUUUUUGGAUACGGACCCUGCUUUUGUUUCUUCUCGCCCUGAACCAGAAGUCUUUGGAAGUAGGUAUUAUCGUCAUGUUCGGCAUCCUUCCCCAGAUGGUUUAGCUGAGAUAAUGCUGCUCCAAAAUAGCUUCAUGAUGGGAGGAAGAGUGGAUCGAUUUCACGAAUGGAGACUUGACAUUGAUGACAUGUCGUAUGAGCAAUUGCUCGAGCUUGGUGAUAGAAUUGGUUAUGUGAGCACCGGAUUGAAAGAUGAUGAGAUUGGACGCUGUGUCCGAAAAAUUAAGCUCUCAAUUAUCAAUGAACUUUCAUCUCAAUUGCCCUUGAUACCAGACAAAAAGUGCAGCAUUUGCCAGGAGGAUUACGAACUGGAUGAUGAGCUGGGAAAGCUGGAUUGUGGACAUGGCUUUCACAUACAGUGUAUAAAGCAAUGGCUUGCACAGAAAAAGAUGUGCCCGGUCUGUAAAACCGAACCAGUGGCUUGAGGGUAAUGCUCCACUACUCUUCAUUUCAAAUUGCUGCUCUUUACCCGUCUGGUGUAUAGAUUUUACCAAAUAUACAUACAUAAUCAUGAAUUCAUUCAUUGUGUGAAGCUUCGGGUUUUUCUUCUUGAAAUGAUAGGGCCUAUUUUUUACCCAGUAAUCCAGCAGGCUGAUGCUGAUUGAAGUUCAUAGAACUGGAAUUUGAUGAAAAUCAAUUAGUUUAAUAGAUAUGAUUGAAUGGAAUGUGUGCUCGUUUCCAUUAAACCUUUUAACGGUUUAAUUUGAUUUAUACUAGAUGCUUUUGAUGCUUA